AUGAAACACGUGGAUGUCGUUGCCAGGAAGCCAACAUCCGCCACGGUCGGCACUUGGCAUGGCAUGAAGGUGCCCGCGCACCCCGAUAUCAACGGCUUCUCACCUUCGAAAGGAACGGAAGUCAAGGAGGCAACUCCCGGACUAAGACCAGCGACGAGAAAGUCGAAGUUGGCUUGGGCAACGGUGUUCCUGGUCGUGUUCCUCGGAUUGCUUGCCAAUCACUACGGCCUUACGCCAUUUCGUGGCUGGCACACGCGUACCCGAGUAGGGCUGCCAUCAGAGAAGGACGCAAGACUCGUCCGAAAAUAUCAUCUUCAAAUUGGAAGCAGAUGGAUGAAUCCAGAUGGCGGCCGCUGGAGAGCUAUGUUUGUCUGUAACGGGCAGUCCCCAUGCCCAACUUUGUACGCCGAGGAAGGGGAUAUUGUCGAAUUGACUGUCCACAGCGACAGCUACUUCCAAGGCUCGAUUCACUGGGCUGGAGUCGGUUAUCAACGCACUGGAGCUUGGAAUGAUGGCACAGCUGGCGUUUCUCAGUUUCCGAUCUUACCUCGAGGUAACUACACGACUGUUCAUGAUACUACCGGCGCGUGGGGCCUCAGCUGGUACAUCGACCAUACGACCGCCGCAUCUGUAGAUGGGUUAUACGGAGUGGUAUAUGUCGCCCCUAGCCCGUCGCGCCUACGACCAUACAGUCUUAUCACCAGACACCAGCUCGAACUGCAGCAAAUAUUGGAGUCUGAGCGGCAGAUACAACAUGUGGUUAUUAAAAACCACCAGCACCGUGAUACCAACUGGAAGGUGCUCAGAAUGAGAGCAGAGGGCUCUGAGAUGCACUGUUACGAUUCUUUGCUCGUCAACGGCAAGGGACGCAACCUAUGCCGUCCUAUUGGGUUUGAACGACUUAAUGACCAUUAUCUAGACGAGACAGGCUGCAUCCAACCGCAAGGUCUUCCUAAUCAAUCGUGUACUCCCAGUGAUGCCGAUUUCGAGGUCAUUGAGACGAAUGGUCGGCAAUACAUCAUGCUUAAUUUAAUAAAUAUUGGAUUCGAGCAUGAAGUCAAAGUCUCGGUGGAUAGCCACAAGAUGAUAAUUGUUGCCAAUGACGGUGGUUUUGUCACACCUGAAGAGGCGGAUGUUCUCUAUAUCCCCAGCGCCGCACGAGUCACAGCACUUAUCAAACUUGACCAACAACCUGCUGAUUACGCAAUACGAAUUGCUUCGACAAGUCAACUUCAGAACUUGCAAGGCUUUUCCCUCCUCAGGUACCCAGCGAAACAUCAGCCUAUAUACGGUGAGCCUAUGAAGCUCCCGGGAGCCGACCCCAGUUCAAUGUGUCUAUAUCCCGACGGAUCGGUGAAGAAUGAAUGCAAGACCAUUGACGGGCAGCAUACCCCUCCAUUCCCCAGUAUGCCUCCACCGCAGCCUAGUGCGGCUGAUCUUACAUACUACCUGUCUGCUGGAGUGCAGACAUCACGCACAGAACGCUUCGCUCCUGAGUUUUUCCUUAAUGAGAGACCUUGGCAACUGUUCCGGUCUUCUUUGAAGCCUCUUCUGUUCGCUAACUUGAGUGACCUCCACAGUCGGGAUGUCCUUGGGAAGCCGGUGAUUCAUGGCCUUCCCAUGGGUGCAGUUGUUGAUUUUGUCAUCAGGAAUGAGCUCAAUGACACCGUUCCACUGUAUAAGCACGGCAAUCCUGCCUGGCUCUUGGGAUCCAAUGCUCAUGAAGAAUUUUCAGCGCGCAGCGUACAAGAUGCCAUUCAAGAUGGAGAUAGCGCCGCCAGAUCUUUGAACCUGUACGACCCAGCACUUGUGAUCGUUCAUGACUUGCCGCCUCUUGGUUGGAGUGUUAUUCGCUUCCAAAUAACGGCUCAAGCUGCAACGAUGAUUCACGCAGCAAAGCUUCGGCACUUCCUGCUUGGCAUGUCAGCUCCUAUUUUGGAGGGCAUUACGGUUGAUGAUCCUAUCUCAGUACCGAGCUCUGCCAUGCACCGCCCGCAUGUACAAUUUGAUCCGAAAAAUGACGGCGUAUUUGGAUGA